AUGGAAGUUGUGGCCCAAGGCCUAACAGCUGUGGAUAUCAAAAAACUUCUCUCUCAAUCACACUCAGGAACACCAACAACAUCAAUCACUAGACAAGCAGCCCACCAUUCAACAUCCCCAGAGACACGGGUCAUCCAUUCAGAAAAAGUUUAUGGAUGUGACACAAAGUCAAGAAAUCUAAGAAUAUUAGAGAUACAACGGCCUCUUGCUAAAGCAGGUGAAAACUACCACAUAGAAGCCAGAAAAAUAAGAUCAAAGAACCAGAAGACAAAGAAACCUUUCCCUUGGAAAAAUGAGUAUUUUACUCAACUGCUACUUCUAAAAAAACCUUACCCCAAAGGACAGGAGCCCUUCUUCAGGAAAAGCUGGCAUCAGGAUGAAGUGGAGGAGAGAGGACAUUUGAUUGACAUCAGAGAUUUAUUUGGCCCACGUCUAGACACUCAGGGACAAUCUCCAACAGUCAUACUGUAUGGGUCUGCCGGAACUGGGAAAUCGACUCUGGCCAGGCAGGUGAGAGCAGCCUGGGAAGAAGGGUGGCUGUACAGGGACCGAUUCCAGCACAUCUUUUUCAUCAGUUGCAGGGAGCUAGACCAGCAUGGCAUUUCGAGUCUGGCUGAGCUUCUUGAAAAUGACCCAGCUGUCCCAGAAGUUCCCAUUCAUGAGAUCCUGUCUAGGCCAGAGCAGCUGCUCUUCAUCUUAGAUGGUGUGGAUGAGUUACUAUGGACUGUAGAGAGGAAGAAGUCUUGCCUUGGUCUGCACUGGAGCAAGAGUCAGCCAAUUUACAUGCUAAUGAGUAAUUUGCCAAUUUACAUGCUACUGAGUAAUUUGCUGAGGAGAAUCAUGCUUCCUGAGGCUUCCUUGCUCAUCACAGCUCGGACUACAGCUCUCUCUAAGCUCGUCCCUAUCUUGAAGCAGCCAUGUCAGGUGGAAGUCUUGGGCUUCGCUGAGUUCAGCAGGAAGGAAUAUUUCUACAAAUAUUUCCCAGACGAGAGCCAAGCACUCAAAGCCUUUAGCUUGGUUGAAUCAAACCCCGAACUCUUGACUCUGUGUCUGGUGCCCUGGGUGUCGUGGCUGGUCUGCACAUGCCUCAAGCUACAGAUGGAGCGGGGGGAGGAAAUUGUACUCACCUCCCAGACCACCACAGCCCUCUGUCUGCACUACCUUGUCCAUAAUUUCCCAGCUCAGCUCCUGGGGACCCAUCUCAGGGGAAUCUGCUCUCUGGCUGCUGAAGGCAUCUGUUGGAGAAAGACUGUAUUCACUAUAGAUGACUUGAGGAAGUAUGGUUUAAAACAGGAUGUCAUUCUCAAUUUCAUAGGGAUUGGUAUCCUUCAAGACCAUCAAUCUAUGAGCUACAGCUUCUCUCACCUCUGUUUCCAGGAGUUCCUCGCAGCAGUGUCUUUUGCCUUAUGGGAUGAAUAUCCUAUCUUCCUGAUAGCAGAAGAAUACUUGCAAAUAGAGAAUAGAAGGCAUAGCCUGUUUGAAGAACCAAGCAUUCACUUCCUCUUUGGUCUUUUAAGUGAACAAGUAACAAAAGAGAUGAAAUGCAUUACCCACCAACUGCCUCAGAUGAAGAAACAGGAGCUGCUAUAUUUUGCACAGAUGAAAUCCAGGUACCAGCAGCCAUUUUCACUGGAAGUGCUUCACUGUCUUUAUGAGACUCAGGAUGAAGAGUUUCUGACCCAAGUUAUGCAAAGGUUCUUGAGAGCCAGAAUGUACCUCCAUACAGACAUGGAGCUUCUGGUGGCCACUUUCUGUAUUAAAUUCUGCAGCCAUGUGAAGAGGCUUCAGCUGAUUGGACCGCAGAUACAAGUACAGAGAUUCCCUGGAGUAGUUCUGUCCAUGUGGGCCCCACUCACUGAUACCUCGUGGAAGGUUCUCUUCUCCACUCUCAAGGUCAGUGGAAGCCUGAAGGAAUUGGACUUAAGUGGCAAUCCACUGAGUUGUUCUGCAGUGCAGAGUCUGUGUGAGACCCUAAGACACCCCCAGUGCCAUCUGGAGACCUUGAGGCUGGCCAGAUGUGGCCUCACCUCCAGCUGCUGCCAGGACCUGGCCUCUGUGCUUAGCAACAGCUGCACGCUGAGGGAACUCGACCUGCGUCAGAAUGACCUGGGUGACCUUGGUGUGAAGCUGCUCUGUGAGGGUUUCAAGCAUCCUGCCUGCCAACUCACGUUCCUACGGCUAGACCAGACCUCUCUGAGUGACUCAGUGAAGGAGGAACUGAAGGCUCUAGAGGAAGAGAGACUUGAGCUGCUCAUGUCAACACUGUGGAAGACGAGUGAGCUGACCCCUACUGAGAGAUCAGAUGGAGGAGAGAUAGAUAACAGCCCCAACUCACUCAAGGAGCAGAGACUAAACUCAGAGGAAGAUGCCCGACUAGUAUCAGAGCUGGUCUCGUAUCUUACUGCUGCCUCACAAACCGUCCUGCCCGGGGAUUGUCUAGGAACAGAAGAUGUCUUCUUGGGUCCCAUAGGGCCUGUGAAUACUGAGCUGAUUGACAGCGAAAGGCACCUGUGCUGUGUUCACUUCCCUGUGGCCGGCUUCUACCACUGUCCCAACAUGGGUCUGGGCUUUGUGGUGAGCAGGGCAGUGACCAUCACCAUUGAGUUCUGUUCCUGGGACACUUGCCUGGACAAGACAUGGCUGCAACACACCUGGAUGAUAGCAGGGCCUCUGUUUGACAUCAGGGCUGAGCAAGGAACUGUGGCUGCUGUGCACCUCCCUCACUUUGUGGACCUCCAAGGUGAGCAUGUGGACAUCUCUCAGUUCAACGUGGCCCACUUUAAAGAGGAGGGGAUGCUGCUGGAGAAGCCAGCCAGGGUGGAGCCACAAUGUGCAGUCCUGGAGAAUCCCAGCUUCUCACCAAUAGGAGUUCUACUGAGGAUGAUUCCUGGCGCCCGGCACUUCAUCCCCAUCAUCUGCACCACAUUGCUGUACUACUACCUGAGUCCUGAUGAAGUCACCUUGCACCUCUACCUGAUCCCCUGUGACUGCAGCAUUCAGAAGGCCAUAGAUGAAGAAGAAGAAAAGUUUCAAUUUGUAAGAAUACACAAGCCACCCCCACUGGAUGCCCUGUACCUGGGUUCUCGCUAUGUUGUAUCUGGAUCUGGGAAGAUGGAUAUCAUCCCCCAGGAACUGGAGCUGUGCUAUCGGAGCCCUGGAGUAUCCCAGCUCUUCUCUGAGAUCUCUGUUAGUGAGCUGGACUCAGCAAUCAGGCUGAAAAUGGAAGAGAAGAAAAAUAGGACUCUAAUAUGGGAGACCUUGCUGAAACCAGGAGAUCUCAGAUCACCAACUACUCUAGUACCUCCAGCCCCCAAAGGUAGCCUGGCCUUGACACACUUUGUGGACAGGCAUCGGAAGCAGCUUGUGGACCGAGUGACAUCCGUGGACUCAGUCUUGGACCUGCUGCAUGGACAGAUACUGAGUGAGGAGCAGUAUGAGAAGGUACGGGCUGAGGACACCAGCCCAGCCCAGAUGCGGAAGCUGUUCAGUUUCAGCCGGUCCUGGAAUUGGACCUGCAAAGACCAAUUGUACCAAGCCCUGAAUGAGACCCAUCCUCACCUGAUCAGGGAACUCUUGGAGAAGAGUUGAGACUUAGCAUCUGAAAUCUCAGCACUUAUAUUUGAGUGCUGGUUCUUCCUGGCCUUGCUUGGGGCCUCAGUUUCUCCAUCCAUAGACAAUUUGCCGAGUUUCCUUCCAGCUCUAGAGUUAUGGAUGAACCUCUGCUGGGUGUUGCAUGUCCAGGGCCAGGGCUACUACACAGAUGGCCUCCCUAGCUCUCACAGGCCAAGAAGUAACAGCAGGUACAGGUGAGCCAACAGCAUCUCAAGGAUGUCCAGGAGAUGGCAAGAUUCCUCGCAAGGCUUCUUACAAGUGUAUCACCAUGUUUGUUCUUUGAGUAUUUCAACCUAAAAUAUUUAGUCAAUGCCUAGAACUCGUGAAGGGCACCACUUGGAUUCCAGUGAAAGGAAAAACAUGCAGCUGCAGUUUGCUGAUGCACAGAGCAUCUGGCUCUCUGUGUUUCUCAAUCAGAACAAGGAAAGAAGUGGGGGAUGUGAGCCUUUCCUGCUGUCCAUGCUGGACUUGGCUUUUCUAUUGGUUCAGUUGUGUAUUUGGAAUUUGGAAUUGAUUCUCAGAGUCAGAAGAAGGAUGGAGAAGAAGGCUGCUUGGGGAUGGAAUCUUAGUCUUAGUUGAGAGUUCUCCUCCUUUGGAAAGUGGUUCCAUGUCCUCCAUUAGGCUUAGGUAGCAGCACCCCAUGCUGUUUUAUCAUCCUAUGUCACUCUUGCCUGAUCCCAGGACUCAACAUGUGAUAUUAUUCCUGCAGAUUCACUGCUUGUCUCCUCCACACUACAUAGUGGCAUUUAAGGAAAGGAGCCAUGAAUGUCCUGCUACCACUUCCUUUUUGUUCCUCCAACAGUACCUGUAACAUGGUGGGUGUUAACUGAAACUUUGUUAAUAUGAUGCCAGGUGCUGGUGGCUCAUAUCUGUAAUCCUAGCUACUCAGAAGGCUAGGGUCUGAGGAUUGCAGUU